AUGGUAAUCACUGUCUUACAAAUAAGAAUGGAACGAAUCAAAGAUGUUAUAUCGAAUAGAAUGUCUGCUGCAUCUUUCGGAAAUGAACAAGGAGAGAAAACUUCAGAAAAGAGCAAGAUGGAAGAAGAAACAGUGAGUCGUGCACCAACCAUGACUGGUGACGUGAGUGGAGGGUUGGUGGAACAUUCGUUUCCUUCUCAACAUGGAUUGGGGAGUAUGAGUGGAGAGCAUGCAGGUUCGGAUAUUCCUCAUGGAUCCAUGGGAAUGCAAAACACGAGUAGUAGUGGAAUGAACAAGAAGGAGUGA